AUGGCAUCAUCAACAGAUGCAGAUCUACGUCUGUUAACCUUUCUCCCCCGACCGAAGGCAGAUUCCACGGACAGCGCAGCCCGCUGUCAGGCAAGAGGCAUACCAGCAUACAAAUCAGAGUUGCAAGAUGCGAGCGAGAAGGGUAUUUUCUACCUCGCACUCGCUGUUCUUGACGCCCAUAAUGCUCACUGCAAUACCGCCGUUGGCUCAUUUGGUUCGAGAUCGGACGUGCUUCCCAAGAUCAUGACCAUCUUAUGCUCUCUAGCUCCUUCGACGAUAACGGCACUGAUUAAUGGCGAAUCUCAUAAGCUUUUCGAUCCCCGACUUGCGGCCUCCUACAAACUUCCAGCACAGCACUAUACCCCAGCAUUCGGCAUUGGUGGGAUCGAAGAGGAGCUUCCGGUAAUAUACCUCAUGGCUGCCUGCAACAAAUCAGGCCUCCCACCAACCAUUGCCAAUAUUGAGUCGUGCGUUACUGCCAUGCGAAAUUAUGGAACUAUUCUUCCGAGUGGCGACGCAGGAUGGAAAGCACUUGACGACGAGGCGCUGAAGAUUGACAACCACAAAGGCUAUUCUUUUUCUUCCGAAGAGACUGGAUGGACCCCAACACAGGCCCAACAGAAAACAUGGUUGCAGGCAAAAGACAAAUCCCUCAUUCCUCACCCCCGACGAUUCCGUGCAACUAUCCGAAAUGGAAUCAGCAUAGAAUCUUUCUGUUCUGCCAUCGAAAGUCGCACUCGUCAACUCGCAAAUGGCCCUUUGUAUAUGGGUAGCAAAGACCAGACCCUCUUGUGGACUCCUACAUCAGUCGGGUACUCACGGAAACCCGCCAGGCGAAAGCAGCAGCACAGUUCCCACUACGGCACGGAUUCUCGAGUCAAGAAUGUCGGCGAGCAUACCAUAUCCAUCCUCGAUGGAUCUUACGUCCAGUGGGGCGGUCUCAAUUCUACAGCCGCUGGAGGAGGAGGAAUGGACACCUCCUUGAGAGCUGCGGCCAGCGACAAUAUGUGGAAGACUGCGGUCACUGGAUUGAUCAAGCAGGACGUGUUUCUAUCUAACGCUGCCGCAAUCCACAAACGCCUGGAGAUGGACAAGUUUCUUCGCGCCUUCCGCGACGAGGGUUCCGAGCUCACGGAAUUGCUUCAGCUCAGAAAGGAGAACGCGGAGGCCAAACAGAAAUUGAACGAAGCACAGAAGGAACUCGUAGUCAAGUGCCAUGCGACGCUCCUUUUUAAACUCGAGUCUAUGGCAGAAUAA